UUUUUUUUUUGAUCCGCAAAGGUAUCCCACUAUCCCCACUGGUUUGCUGCGUUUGCCUAUUUGGGGUUCCAUUUCUCCCCCGCAAAACUCCGCACGAGUGAGAACCCAAAACGACGAGAGAAACAGCAAAUCGCACAAAACAGUAUUGAGAGAGAGAGAGAGAGAGAGAGAGAGAGAGAGUAAUCAUCCAAUUCAGAUGUAAUGUAUUUGGGAAGAACAUAAAUUAGGAUUGAGGAAGAAUGACGUUCAAUGGAUUUGGGAAGAGCUCAGGCCCAGCUGCACCCCCCGUCUCUACACAAAACCCUUUUGCCUACCUCCCUCGCCCUUCUCCCCCUACUCCUACUCUUUUCUCCUCUUUUCCGCCCCAACCAUCUCCCAGGGAACUUGAAGCUCCAGAGAGAACAUAUCCGCCACCAUUGGCUUUUCAAAACAACCGCUCUGUCAUGCGUCCUUCUUACCUCUCUGCAACAGUACAUAGGUCCAUUGAGCCGCCUCCUAAUGUGGGCCAGGGGCAAAAAUCUUUCUUCAAUGGUUACGAUGCCCAAACUCAUCAAAAGCCUUCGGCAGUUGCUUCAUUUCUUACUUCACAAAGUCCUGCCGAAAUUUCACCACUUCAUGAUCUGAAAAGAAGCAGAUCUCCUCAAUUAUUGUCCACUGAUGGAGAUGGUAUGAGAAACUCCAGAAGGGGUGAUACAAGGCCUUCAGAUUUGCUCUUCAAUGAUCAAAGGAAGUCUGUACCUCAGAGGACACAGUCACCUGUUGUGUUUCCGGAAAACCAUUAUUCUCUGCAGAAAUUUGGUCCUUCUAUUGGUAUUCAGAGGCCUGUUUCGUAUUCCCCUGGGUUGGAUAACUGGACAGGGUCGCCAGGCUAUUUUAGCAAAUCAUGGACUCGCCAAGAUCAGUCUGCAGUUUUACCUUAUGAUUCUAGAAAAACUUUUGCGACCAACCUUGUUGAUUCUCAGGUCCAUGAAAGUGCCCGGUCCCCACCUUUACAAAAUGAAACUUCCCAGGAAAAUCCUCAUUUUAUUCAGCAUGAUUCUAAAAGGCCUUCUGUAUCUCCUCCCAGAUUGAACACUAAAUCGAAUAGGAUUUCCAAAGCUCCUAAUUCUGAAAUUCCUCUGCCAUUUGCACGAAGUAUUGAUUAUAAAGCUGCUGCAACUAAGCCCACAAAUGUCCCAGUUCCCAAAAGAACUAGGUCACCUACUUUACUUUCUACUGAUCAAGUUUUCCAGGACAACUCUUCUGCUCAAGAUGACGUUGAACGAGAAUUGCAAGCCAAAGCAAAGCGAUUGGCCCGCUUCAAGGUGGAACUUAGUGAGCCUGUGGAAAGCACUUCUGGCAUUGGAAGCCAAAAGUUCUCAGUUAAUAGGCAUGAUAAUUCUUUAACAGGCAGUCAGAGAAGUACUGGCGAACAUUCUUCAAACGUGGGAGGAGAUGUCCCCAAUGCCAAUGUGCUGUCUGAUUUUGAAGGACCAGAAUCUCACACUGUUAUAAGUGGAUUGUGUCCAGACAUGUGUCCAGAGUCGGAAAGAGCAGAGAGAGAGAGGAAAGGGGAUCUUGACCAGUAUGAACGCUUGGAUGGAGAUAGAAAUCAAACUAGCAAAUCCCUCGCUGUUAAAAAGUAUACUAGGACAGCAGAGAGGGAGGCAGAGUUGAUAAGGCCAAUGCCAAUCCUGCAGCAGACGAUUGACUAUCUUCUGUAUUUGCUGGACCAGCCUUAUGAUGACAAAUUUCUUGGUUUGUACAACUUCUUGUGGGAUAGGAUGAGAGCAAUUCGGAUGGAUCUGAGGAUGCAGCACAUUUUUAACCUUAACGCUAUUACAAUGCUGGAGCAAAUGAUAAGACUUCACAUAAUAGCUAUGCAUGAGUUAUGUGAGUACACAAAAGGUGAAGGCUUUUCAGAGGGAUUUGAUGCACACCUCAACAUUGAACAGAUGAAUAAAACAUCUGUCGAGUUGUUUCAACUGUAUGACGAUCACCGAAAGAAAGGAAUUUUCGUGCCAACUGAAAAAGAAUUUCGAGGUUACUAUGCGCUUCUCAAGCUGGAUAAACACCCCGGAUAUAAAGUUGAACCUGCAGAACUCUCGCUUGAUCUUUCCAAGAUGACUCCAGAGAUAAGACAAACCCAAGAAGUAUUAUUUGCCCGUGAUGUAGCAAGAGCCUGCAGAACUGGGAAUUUUAUAGCCUUCUUUCGGCUUGCACGAAAAGCGAGUUACCUCCAAGCAUGCCUAAUACAUGCUCACUUUGCCAAGUUGCGAACCCAGGCACUUGCUUCUCUACAUUGUGGUCUACAAAAUAACCAAGGUAUCCCUGUCACACAUGUUGCUAAAUGGCUCGCAAUGGAGGAAGAUGACAUAGAAAACCUGUUGGAGUAUCAUGGGUUCUCGAUUCGGGAAUUUGAAGAGCCAUACAUGGUGAAAGAAGGGCCGUUUCUAAACAGUGAUAAUGACUAUCCUGUUAAGUGUUCUAAUCUUGUUCAUAAGAAAAAGUCAGAAACGAUAGUUGAGGAUGUUUCAUCUCCUCAUGUAACAGUGUCAUUACCUGGAAAAGAAGUAAAGAAGGUCCAGUUGGUUAAGGCCUAUGACCAGGAACCAAAACCUGUUCAUUCUGUUGGGACAGUAAGUGGGGCCCAGGCCACACCUGUUCAUUUUGCUGGGACAGUAAGUGGGGGCCAGGCCAUUGAUGAGGAAAUGGACAAUACUGAAGCUGUGCCAUCCCCAAAAGCUGCAUCACAAGUAAAGCCCAUGGUCAAACCAUCAUUAGUAAUCGGUCAACAACGUGGAGAUGGAGGUCCGAUGGCUGCUGCAAUUCCUUUCUCAUGGGAUUUCUCUUCCGCACAUAAUUCCCCUAAAUCUCCGCAACCUAGAGUUAUAAGCAUGGGGAAACCAAAGUAUAGCACCGUUUUCCAGAACACUCUGGAAAGGAACACAUACUCUGAUGCCAAAGCAGAUUCCCCAAUUGCGUCAGAAAGAGUUGACCAAGAGGAAUUUGCAAGUUCUGGAUUUGACUCUGCUAUGGAUAAUUCAGUUCUCCAGAAAUUGUUUAUAGAGGAUUUGGAAGAUGAAGAGGGUCGAGAUAGUCAUCAAGAUGUUGAAACUCAGGAAGUACAGCGUAGUUAUCAAGAUGAGGAAGCUGCUGAGGCCAAACUCAAACUUAUCUUUAGAAUAUGGAAGCGUCGUACAAUGAAGAGAAGAGAGUUACGGGAGCAAAGGCAAUUGGCUUCCAUGGCUGCAUUAAAUUCCCUAUCAUUGGGCCCACCAAUUCGACAAAACGUAAAUCAACCAAGCACUUCUUGUAAGUUCAACAUUGACAGCAUUGUGAAUGAGAGACAUGAAAGACAAGAAAGAUCGCGGUCAAGGCUAAAUGUUUCAGAUGUGAUUGCUGGUACACUUGGUGCAAGAAACCCAACUGCCAAAUGUUUUUGCUGGAAAAUAAUUUUAUGCUCCCAGAUGGAAAAUCUAGACGGUAACAAUCUGCAAGAAGGGGGCCAAGUUGCCCAGUUUACUGCAGUUCCGUGGUUGCUCUCUAAGCUCAUGCCUACAAAAAAAGACGACGAUGACGACCUAGUAAUUUCUUCUUCUAGCUUGUCAAUAUGGAAGAAAUGGGUCCCAAGCCAAUCUUCUGGGGAUGUCACCUGCUGUUUGUCAGUCGUCAAGGAUGCAAAAUUUGAUAAUCUAAACAAGACGGUGUUAGGUGCAAAUGCACUUCUGUUCCUUUUAUCUCAAACCAUCUCAUUGGAGAUCCAAAAGUUUUGGCUACAUAACCUUCUUAGGUCUUUACCUUCUGGGUCCCACUUGCCGCUUUUAAUCGUAACAGACUCGCACGAAGAAGAUUCAGAUUCUUCAUCCAUAAUGGCUGAACAAUUAGGUCUCCGUGACAUUGACAAAUCACGGGUAAGUGAUUUUUCGAUUGUAUUCCUUGCGAACAACCAGCAACUGGAAGGGUUUAAUGGGUUUCUCAGUGAUGAGAAAUUGAGAGGGGGACUGCAAUGGCUUGCAAGUCAUUCACCUUUACAACCUGCUAUUAAUUGUGUGAAAACACGUGAACUGGUUUUGACCCAAUUGAGUUCUUCACUAGAGGUGCUUGAUGAGAUGGGUGUUUAUGAAGUGGGUCCGGACCAGUGCAUAUCUGCCUAUAAUGAAGCCUUGAAUAAAGCAGCUGGGAAGGUUAUUGCUGCAGCUGAGGAAAAUCCCACGUGUUGGCCUUGUCCAGAGAUUGCUUUUCUAGAGAAAACUAGCUAUGAGAGUGAAGUUGUGAAUUCAUACUUGCCAGCAAUAGGAUGGAGCUCAUCAGAGAGAAUAGAACUGCUUGUUAGUGCAUUAAGAGAGACAGAACUUCCUACAUUUGAUGAAAACAUAUCAUGGCUCUAUAGAGGUUCUAAAUUGGGCAAUGAUAUUGAGAAACAUAAAGUGCAACUUGAAAAUUGCUUGAUCAGAUACUUGACUGAGUCAAGUAAGAUGAUGGGCCUGUCUCUUGCAACAAAUGAGGCUCGGGCAAUGAUACAAAAGAAUGCCCGGCUUGAGCUCCAUAAUUCAACCUACUAUAUUGUUCCAAAUUGGGUCAUGAUUUUCCGAAGAGUUUUCAAUUGGCGUUUAAUGAGUUUAUCCAGUGGGGCGGUCUCUACAGCUUAUGUACUGGAGAGACAUAAUGUUGAUGUUUCAACUUCAGCUGCGAAUGAGUUGGGGAUUAUUCAAGGUAAAAUAUCUUCACCUUGUUUUCUAAUUCAUCCAUCGCUUGACGAAAUGGUAGAAGCUGGGUGUGGGGCCCUUGCGGAGGAUGAGGCUUUUCAGCCUCCACUGGCAAUGGUGGUUUCUAAUGGCAGUAAAGCUGUGGAAGCUGCCUGUGCCAUUAAUGUGAUGGAGGCUGGAAUGGGUACUGAUAACUACAUGCAGCAUAUAUCAAAUGACAGUAGAAAUGCGUUACUGGUGGCAGCCGAGAAAGAAAACGAUGAAGCAGAUAGAUUAAGCAAGUUGUUGGAGCAGUGUAAUAUAUUGCAAGAUAGGAUAGACAAGAAAUUGUCGAUUUAUUUCUGAUACGGUAAUUUAUUUGCAGACGGAUAAUUUUAGAAUUUUUUUUUUUUUUUUGUGGCAAUGAGUUUUGUAUCUUUCAUGAGCUUUGCAACCAGCGGGAGAUAUUUCUCACUUCUAGAAUGAGGAAAUAACAAAAGCUUUACGUGACUAUUAUUGUCCAGCAUUA